AUACUUCAACUUUGCAGGUGAAAAACGUUCUUACAAUCUGGCAACUGGAUGUCUUGGAGUUGGAACACGUUGUAGUAGUCUUGGUUGUUAACCAAAUAAAUUAGAAAGGUUGAAAAACCUACAUCGGUAUGGAAAAGUCAGCUGAGCAAAAUGAAAGAGCUUUCCAGAAGCAACCAACUGUGUUUCUGAACAGAAAACCUGGCAUUGGAAAACAAAAAGUAAAGAAAGGUCGUUACACAAAAAAUAUUGGGUUAGGCUUCAAGACACCCAGAGAAGCAAUAGAAGGUAAUUACAUUGAUAAGAAAUGCCCUUUCACUGGAAAUGUCAGCAUUCGUGGUCGUAUUUUGAGAGGAGUUGUUAUCAAGAUGAAGAUGAACAGAACCAUCGUCAUCAGAAGAGAUUAUUUACAUUAUAUCAAGAAAUAUAAUCGUUUUGAAAAGCGACACAAGAAUAUGUCCGUUCAUCUAUCGCCAUGUUUCAGAGAUGUAGCCAUAGGAGAUAUUGUUACUGUUGGAGAGAACAGACCUUUGAGUAAAACUGUUCGGUUUAAUGUUCUGAAAGUAACUAAGGCUGCAGGUUCAAAAAAGCAGUUUACAAAAUUUUAAUGUUUUCAUUACUUGUGCAAAAGUAAUGAAAAUGUAUAAAAUAUCAUUGGCACAUGUAAUGUAAAAGAAUUAAAAAAAAGUAAAAGAC